UUUUAUUUAGUGUCCCCAACUACUAUUAUAUUUUUUUUGCUUUUUUACUUGGUUAUUUCCUUCCUCUUAUUGGAAAUUAUGCUUACACUUAAAGUCGACCUGGAUAAAAACAGCGUUCAAUGUCUGGUGCACAAAAACCAAGAGUCCACACUGCGAGGCAAGCUUUAUAUAACGACUUCAGACAGGCUCAAACUGCGGCAAAUUAAAAUACGUCUAGUGAGCACAGAGCUCGUCGACCUCCAUGAUAGCGAGUCUAAAAGUAACAGCCUCCAGCCUCUACUGAGAAAAAGCUCAAAAACAAUGGGCACAUGGAUAGUCUGGCAACGCGGCGACCCGCAGCUCUCAGGCACAGACAACUCUUUCAAGUUUUCUCAGGGUGCGCUUGAUCCUGGAAACCAUCACUACUCGUUUGAGGUUCUUUUGCCCACGGGGCUGGACGGAACAGUGUCGACAAGGGCGUAUGGUUUAAAGUAUGAGCUAGAAACACGACUAGAGCACUCAUUUGUACUGAAGCCCGUCACUACACUGCUGACGCCCGUGGAAAUAGUGCUAUUUCCAAGGACGCUGGAUUUGCACAACGAUGACCUGAUAUCGCUGAAAACUAAGCAAUACAUGGGCAGCAGUCUGGACUUGUCGCGGCCAGAAAGUGUGCCGCUGGGACAGUCUAUUUGUUUGCGUUCGGAUUUGAUUGACCAUACAGAAAGCUUUGUUUUGCACCACCUGUGGGAUAACUGCCUGAGCGUUCGCCUGAGACUGCCCAGGGGCCGUGUGUUUCAUGAUGGCUCGCAGCCGCUGGUAGAUGUGGAGGCCAUGCCUUUCAACAAGGAUUACAGAUUUACAAAACUGACGCUAUCUUUGGAGGAGAUUACCAUUGUGGCCAAGCCUGUGGUCAGCGGGGUCGCCGAAAAUAAGUCGUCGACCAUCUCUGCACUUUCUCAGGCAUUCGCUGAAGUUGACCAGUCUAUUGACCCAACGCACAAUGCUUGGAAGUACGUGCAGAAUUGCUCACUCGAGUACCACAACGCCAUCACCAAAGUCAGCGAGCUCAACCGCGUUGAAUUCACGUCAAACAACUUUAGCGCGCAUGGCAUAAUCGCAACCAAACUGUUGCUAAAAGUUCCGCAAAUGGGAACCUAUUCCAUGCACCCAAACAUUUACAACUCUCAUAUACAGGUCCGGCAUCAAAUAGUCUACGAAAUUGAAUAUGAAAAGGUGCACCCCGAGGAUGUACAAGGGUCAACUGCAUCUUCAGUGUCGGCUGAUACAAGGAUCAAGACAGUUGCCAGUGUGUACUGUGCAUUGAGGGAGGCCAAUAUUGUGCGGCGCGAGGAGCACGAUGGCAGGAAUACAUUCAAGGGCACUUUGCCCGUAAUUCUAGUGUCCAGGCGUAUUUCUGAUUUGUGGGAGAUUUGUAAUUUGGACCAGGACACAGUGAGUGAGCCUUCAACAAUUGCAGCGGCAAUUCUAGACAAUGCGCAGGUAGUGGGUAGCAGCAGCAGCAGGAUGCCAACUCCUAACAUCAUGGCACAUCUGCAGCCUGGGUCUGCAAUGUCGCAUACUUGUUUGACAAGCCAACUAAGCAACAUGUCGUUGCAAAGCGCUGGCAGCAGUGCGCACAGUGGAAAUUAUAUCAAAAAGCAGCAGCAGCAGCCACUUGAGCAAAACAAUGAUGCAGAUGCUUCCCAUGCAUCGUCGUACUCGAUGCCAGGAACUGACCACUUUUUGGAGCCAAGCUGGCCAACUGGUAACCCCAAUGUAGACACCAGUUUAUAUAGGCAUGGCAGUGGUACGCCAAUAAUUCCUAUGGUAAUGCCUAUGGCAAUACCAUGGGUGAGCAAUGAAAGCACAGCAUACCCGCCUAGUAUUUCCGAACCAAUGGGGUUCAGCAUGGUGAACCUGCAGCCACAACAGUUGCCAAUGUACCCGUUUGCAGAUCCCAUGGUGUCGCCAACACUGCCAUUGUCUCCACCAUUAUUGUCACUGCCUUUUGAUCAGCAGCCGUGGCAAACACCAGUGUCACCGCUUCCGGCGGUUGCAUUUCGUUGGACAGCUGCACCGAGUAAUUGCGCAGCUCCUGAGUACAAUCCGAAUUUUAUCACCGAUACCGAUGUUUUGCCCAACUGCCCGGAGUUGCCCUAUUGUAAUGACAUGAUGUCUAUUCCAGUAACGGUACAGGAUCAAAUUCGCAUAUUCCAGGAGCAGCAGCGCAUCCAGCAGGAGCAGUUUUGUCAACAGCUCAGCGAGGAGUAUGGCCAAUUAAUAGGCGGGUUCCAGCUUCCGGCUACAACCACAGGUAGUAUUUCUAGGGUUAAUCCGCCAGUGCCAGAAUCUGAAAAUAAUGUUGCUGGGCAAUCCAACGUGCCAUUGUUACCAAUCACAGCGUCUGUGCCCAUGGCCACAGCGAGGUCCAAUUUCGAGCAUGUAUUUUCAACCAGCCCAUUAUUAGAAACACAGCAUCAUCGAGCAACCCAAGUAUCAUCCAACACGUUGGCAGGCCUUAUUGCCGUGCAACCGCCAACCGGUAUGCAAACAACUACAACAACAGGUAAUUUGAGUGCAUCCAGCACACUCUUGCUCCCAUCUACAACCAGGGUCUCUUCGUUUACGGCAGUUUCUACAACAGCGGCGUUCGCAGCUCCUGUAGCUAUGCUGGUGCCGGUGGAAGUCUCAGCAGAAGUCUCAGCAGAAGCGGAAAAUGUAGAAAAUGUGGAAGCUGUUUUAUUGCCGCCGCCGGUUUAUGAUGACAUAUUGCCGCCUGAAUAUGAAGUACCAACUCAGCAGCCGCCACCGUACCGGGCAAUUGAAAGCAGAAGAUCACAGCGCCCUAGAAUACGUCGAUAAAAUAAAAUAAAAGAUUUAUCGGAUGUAACAUGGCUACAAAUAUACAUUUAUUAAGCAAAUAACAAAUUAUAUUUAAAAAACAUAAAAUAACGGGGCUAGAAGCGGUUUUGGUUUUUAUUUUAUUUUAC